UAUGGCUCUUAAUUUUUACAAACAUUGGGGCAUAGUUAUAGUUAAUAUACAUCAAAUUAUUUAAAAAUAUUUUCCAUAAUGUCAAUAUCCAGAGAGGAAAAUGGGGACUACGUUUAUUUAUAUGGAGAAGGCCGUCCCCUUUUCUCUUAACUAACACAGAAGGCCGCUGUUUGGAUCAAUGAUCAAUACUUUAAAUUGUAACAUGCUUUUGAAAUUAACCAACUGUCGUUUACUUAAAUAAAUUAACGAUAACAACAACUACCCUUUUUAGAUUAAAAUAAUGUAAUUAUUUUACUGUCUUCUUUUGUUGGUUAGCGCCCGCCCUCUGUUGUCGAAUAGCGGUUCUAAGCCGCACUAAAAUCCAAACUGUCUUGAACCGUAAACACGCUUAGGUAGUAUGGGUUUCCAUCUUAAGAUAUACUGGUUUUUGUCACGUGCCGGCACCUGUGUCGGCAUCCUUUGUACUUGUGCCGCUAAAGUCGGCUUCCUUUAACAAAAUUCACCGACUCCUUUUCAAGGUAUCGAAUUUACCAAAAUUUCUUCAUUCGCCGCGGAUUCGUCGUCAGGUGAAGAUCAUAUAAGGAACCUGUUGGAAAUAUUUAAGGUUUGAAGUCUUGAGUUUGUGUUUAUUUAAUUGUUGCAAAAUGCAGCCAUCUAAAAGCAUGAUGGAUUAUAUGAUGGAAUUAAAUAGAUUAUUCCCAAAGACUGCUGAAAAUGAAAUGCAUACACCAACAACAACAUUCCAAUCACAAUUCGGACAGUCCACACCAAACUACUCCUCAAGCUCAACAGACUCAUACUCUCCAGAGUCCUUUCCGGAGCUAUCAUUCCGUCCUCCAGCGUACAGAUCUGAAACACCCUUUGCUAUAGCAAAAAGACCUAUAGUUGGCCGGAAGAUUUUAGGGAACUCUGAGCAGAAGCCUAUAGAAAGAUCAAGCUAUGAAGAGAGAUUUAGUCUUGAGCGAUCUCCAAUAAGUCAUUGGAGGGAGCAAACUCCACCUAGAACUACUGCUAUUGAGCAACAAAACUGUACCAAGAGUUUCUACGAGUUGUUCCCCGGAGACAACAGAGGUUUUGAGUUCAAGACACCAGUGAAAACUUCACCUUUGGCAUAUUCAAAUAUAUCACCAGCAUCAUCUAUGUCUCAGAAUUCUCCAUCGAACUUCAAUAUGUUUACAUACCCAAGGUUGAAUUUGGCGAAUUCUCCAACACCAACUAAUAUGAAUAUAGGGGCGAGCACAUCACGAUUCCCAGAAGUGGCACAGAAAAUGUGUUCCUUCUGCCGGAAGAACGGAGAGACGCCGCUGGUGUACAUGACGCACUGUGUCAAAGAGAAGAGAGGCAACAUGAAUAUAGUCACAUGUCCGAUAUUGAGGUCUCAUGUGUGCUCCACCUGUGGAGUAUCUGGGGACAAUGCUCAUACCAUCACCUACUGCCCAGUACUCCGCAGCACCAACAACGGCGUGCCUCUGAAGUCCACCACCAUCACCCUCAAGAACACUCGCAUCAAGAGCAACGGUAGGAGACGCUACUAACACUACAUAAUAUAAACCUUAACAUAAAGGAAUAAGGUCUACUAAUCGUUAAGGCCAGAGCUCACCGGCUGCAUGUUCGGAGACAUGCACGUGCGCUAAAAUGUUUGAACCGCGUACGCACACAUCACGCAAGCAAUGUGCCGUCUCUCAUAAGGAUCUGUAUAUUACAACGUCCAAGUCUACGCUCACGCACCCGGUGUGCACAGGUUUUUAUAGUUAUAUGUAUAUUUGGGUGCAAUUUUCAAAGUUUUUCUUAUUUUUUUACUGCUUUUGAAUGUUGUAUAAUCCCACGGUAUAGUGUCAACACUAAGGUCAAUGUGUCGAAGACCGUCUACAAGCUCUUUCGUCGCUUUUAACCCAUGCCAUAGACUCCAUAGAGAAAUAAAUAAGCAUAGAGUGUUCACUCCAUAGCCAUACAUCAGUAGCGGUACUGAUAAAUCCGCUACUUGACGCUAGAUGUCGACUACGAAAAUAAUGAGCGUUUUGGUAAGAAAACUGAUGUAUGGAGUGAGAACUCUUUCCUUAUUUCUCUAUGCUCAUGCGUUUGUAAACAUACUCCACUUACAGUUGGUUGGUAGAGGAGAAAGUGUGCUCUUCCUCUUUGAGCGUGUCUGAGCGACUUAUGAAAUAAGGAGUUGCCCUAUGAGCCUAUUUACUGAAGGAAGAGUUCUGACAGUAAGGAUGGUAUUCCACCUGUCCAAUUUCUUUGUCCAAUGUGCAUUGCGUCUCACUCUCUCAUUAAGCAAAAUGUGAGAUGCAAAUACACAUUGGACCAAGAAAUUGGACAGGUGGAAUAACAUCAAUAUUUUUUAUAUCUUCUGUCUUCUUCACAUUGACCUUAUCCACUU